AUGGGUAGCAGAUAUUUCACGAUUAUUCCAUUGAUAUUCUUAAUAUCUUCAACAGUCUUUCUAAUCUUCACUAUCCUCAAUGGUUCAACCACCAGUUCGGCAAUCAGCGCCUUAUAUUGGUCCGAAACCGACACAUCACGUAUUCCAGGGGCACCAUUUGAUAAAUCACGAUGGACUUUCUAUACCCUAUGUGGAGUUAUGAAUGGACACAACGUCGAUUGUUUGCCCCCUUUGAUACCUGCAUUCCCCUAUUCCCCUGAUGAUAAUUUCCCAUUCAGUGAAAAUCGUCUUCCACCCGAUUUCGUAAUUAAUAGAAACACAUAUUAUUAUUUAUCAAGAAUUUCAUUUUCAUUCUUAGUGAUGGCAUUGGCUGGAAGUGCACUUUCACUUUUAAUUACCCCCUUCGGGUUCUGUUUCAAAUCUUGUGUAGGUGCGUCUCUGGCUUUUUUCACCUUUGUCACAUUUGUAUUCGGAGCCGCUGGUGCUUCAUGUUUGACAGCUGUUCAUGCUAGGGGAAGGAAUCAUUUUAAUGAGAAUGAGAUGCAAACUAAUUUGGGUGUGGCUGCAUUUGGGAUUCUUUGGGCUGGGGUAUUGUCUUUGUUGUUGGCGUUCAUUGCAUCUUGUUUGAUUUGUUGUGUGAAUAACAGAACUAAGACACAAUACGUGGAUGCUCAAUCUGGACCCGGUGCCGCUGGUGAACCGGUUUAUUAUCCUAAUAAUGAAAACGAUGCUCAGCCGGUUUAUUAUCCUAAUAAUAAAAACGACUCUCAACCGGCUUAUUAUCAUAAUGAAAAUAAUAAAGAAUCCAAUCACUACGAAGGGGCUACUUAUGUUGAUAGAGAAUAUUCCACGUGA